CGCAAUGCCUCUCCGUCAUCACCUCCUUGACACUUCCGCAUCAUGUCCCCUACCGCCCUGGUUGAACGCGACGGCGCCGUAGACUCGAUUGCCCAGCUCAAGGCCCUGGUCGCCAAUGGCCAUGCAACCCACCCGAACGGGGCACCGAAGAGCACUCUUGUGCGCGACGGGCCCAUGCGCCAGCCAGUCAAGAAUGACUUUAUGUACGAGUUCAAGCACGACGUCGAGCUACCAACAAUUCAGCGCAAUGGCGACUUUGCCCUGGAUGUCGACGCCGUCGCGGUCGCGGACCAGGUCAUCGCCCAGCUUGCCGCGGCAUUUAACAAGCCGUCGAUGUUCGCGGACCUGUUCAUCGAAGAUGGCGUCUGGAAGGACAAGGUUGUCGUCUCCUGGGACUAUCGCUCAUUCAACGGCGCAGCAAAGAUUGCAUCGGCCGCAGAGGACAUCUUGGUGCCGGUGUCCAAUGUCAGGCGCCUCGCUCCCACCCCCAAAGUCGAUCGCCCGUACCCCGACCUUGCCUGGAUCAAGGUGCACUUCUCAUUCGACACCAACGUUGCCGGGGCUUCGGGCGUUGCCAACAUUGUCAACACCCCCGCCGGUCCAAAGAUCUGGACGCUGCACACAGUGAUCGAGUCGCUCCACCAGUUCCCAGAGCUGCCCAACCGCGAUGGGCACAUGAUCGCUCCAGUCUCGUGGGCCACGCAGCGCGCAACGGACACCAAUUUCGAUGACAGGCAGCCCGACGUCGUCAUUGUCGGUGGUGGCCACAACGGCCUCAUGAUGGCGGCACGUCUCAAGGCUUUGGGCGUCGAUGCACUCAUCAUCGAGCGCAACGCGCGCAUCGGCGACAACUGGAGGUCUCGAUACGAGGCCCUGUCCCUCCAUUUUCCGCACUGGGCCGACCACUUCUCCUACAUGCCCUACCCCGAGCACUGGCCCGUGUACACUCCGGCGGCCAAGCUCGGCGACUGGCUAGAGUGGUAUGCGUCGGCGCAGGAGCUGUACGCGUGGACGUCGUCGUCCGUCGAGGACGUCACCCAGGAGGCCGAUGGCUCAUGGGUCAUUGGCCUCGAUCGCAACGGCGUCAAGCGCACUCUCACGCCCAAGCACUUGGUCAUGGCCGCAUCUCUUGCUGGCGUCCCAAUGUCGCCGGUGGUGCCUGGCCAAGACUCUUUCACCGGCACUAUUCGCCACUCCACGGAGCAUGACUCGAGCCGCGAGUGGGUCGGCAAGCGGGUCUUGGUGGUUGGCACCUCGAGCUCGGGAUUCGACACGGCCUACGACUUUGCGCGCCGUGGCAUCGACGUUACCAUCCUCCAGCGCUCUCCGACGUAUAUCAUGAGUUUGACCCACUCGGUGCCACGGAUCAUCGGUCUGUACGACCCCAAGGAUGGGCGGCCGAACCUCGACGAGUGCGACCGUGCUGCCUACUCGAUGCCCGUUGGCCCCGGUGAACCCCUUGGCCGUCGCCUGGCCGAGGACCUCGAGGUGCUGGACCACGACCUGCUUGAGGCAAUGGAGAAGCGCGGGUUCAAGACGUGGCGCGGUCAGCGCGGAACUGGAACACAGACGCUGGGCUACACCAAGAACGGUGGCUUUUACUUUGACGCCGGUGCUUGUAAGCGGAUUGUCAACGGCGACAUCAAGGUUGAACAGGGGUUCGUUGAGCGGUUUGCUUGCGACACGGUCGUGUUGUCCGGGGGUCGCGAGCACCACUACGACUUGGUCAUCAAUGCGACUGGGUUUAGCAACACGAUCGACUCGGUUCGAGCGACCCUUGGCUCGGCUGUGGCGGACCGCUGCGACAAGAUCUGGGGUAUGGAUGCCGAGGGCGAGCUGAACGGGGCGUGGAAGCACUGCGGGGUGGACAAUCUCUGGAUCAUGGUGGGGACCCUGCAGCAUGGCCGAUAUCAUUCAAAGCGGGUUUCGCUGCGUAUCAAGGCGAUGCUGGAGGGUAUCGCCGGGGUGAGGUAUGUCAAGUAG